CUCUGUCGCUUCGCUUCAGACAGCAAAGUCCUGACAUGCGCGGCCGUGUGGAGGAUGCCGAAGGAAUUGGAACCAGGCAGUCACGAGUCCCCUGACGAUUCGUCGAGCACCGCGCACACCCUGGAGCUGCUCUGUCACCUUGACAACACAGCCCGCGGCAGCAUGGCCUGCGUCACCUGGGAGCCCACAGGCGAUGGGACGAAGGUCAUCUCGUUGGCCGACAACCACAUCCUGCUGUGGGAUUUGCAGGAAAGCUCCAGCCAGGCCGUGCUGGCCAGUUCGGCGUCCCUGGAAGGGAAGGGACAGCUGAAGUUCACUGCGGGACGGUGGAGCCCUCAUCACAACUGCACUCAGGUGGCCACGGCGAACGACACAGCCGUGCGUGGGUGGGACACGCGGAGCAUGAGUCAGGUGUACUGCAUAGAGAAUGCCCACGGGCAGCUGGUGCGGGACCUGGACGUCAACCCCAACAAGCAGUACUACCUCGCCAGCUGCGGCGACGACUGCAAGGUGAAGUUCUGGGACACCCGCAACGUCACCGAGCCCGUGAGGACCCUCGAGGAGCACUCCCACUGGGUGUGGAACGUGCGCUACAACCACUCGCAUGACCAGCUCAUCCUCACCGGCAGCAGCGACAGCAGGGUCAUCCUGUCCAACAUGGUGUCCAUCUCCUCGGAGCCCUUCGGCCACCUGGUGGACGACGACGACCUCAGUGACCAGGAGGAGCGCCACCCAGAGGAGAAGAGCCAGGAGCCCCUGCAGGACAGCGUCAUUGCCACCUAUGAGGAGCACGAGGACAGCGUCUAUGCUGUGGACUGGUCCUCGGCCGACCCCUGGCUGUUUGCCUCCCUGAGUUACGACGGGAGGCUCGUCAUCAACCGGGUGCCCAGGGCGCUGAAGUACCACAUCCUGCUCUAGCCCCGCGCUGAUUCGCCCUUGGCUGGCUCUGCAGAGCGGCUCUUUGGAGGCAGUGCUUUCCCACCGCAGACGCCCCUCUGGGAACUGGCACUGCCGUCCUCUAGUGGGCGUGUUUGUAAGUGCCGCCUGAGCUCCUGCCCGUGGCGCCUCGCUGGGAAGGGCACUGUCCUCCAGACCGUGCGGGGCUGUGGCCCCUGGCUUCGGGAAUUGGCGUCUGCCCAGUCACUGCCUGCUUUCUCGUACUCUUUUAUGGAUGUUGAGAGAUUCAGUUUUAAAAAAUCAUUCUGUUCCUUAAUACGAAUUCAUCUUUCUCUUGAGAUUAAAAAUAAAAUGACAUGAGAAGACCCUG